AUGCUGCGCUUUUGGCAUCUCCUCUGGCUGCCACUAGCGAACAGCCAAGGUGCUCUGCAAUGGCUCAAUUGUCAUGGGCCGCCCUUCAAGCCUGCUUGGGCAUCACUGCAGGCGACACUCCUGGAGCUGCUGCAGCGCCAGCCAGAUCUGCUGAUGAUCGGACGGCCACUGCCGCCUGCAGUCGUAAUGCUGGUGGAGGAGCUGGAACCAAUGUGCCAGGCACGCAAGGACGUGGCAGCGCUACUGGCUUGGACAGGCGAGAAGCCCGAGACAGACUACGAGGCCAUGGGUUCCCUUCGCUGGUGGAUCAACGCGUCCUUCGAGGUCGAAGGAGUCGAAGGAAAUGGGUUUUGCCUCUACGGCUGCGUCACCGUGCUUUUCCUCCUGGCCUUCAACGAGUUGUCGUGGCUACUCAUCUCGCCAGAAGAGCCCUCGGUGGCCACAGCUGAGAAGAGCAUGCAGUACAUCUUCAUGUCUCUGCAUCUUUCGCGUUCGCUUCUUGGCGACCACUCCACGCUGGAUCUCCUCUCGAGUAGUGCGUGGCCACCGCGUCUCCCGAACUGGACAAUGGAGGUCUUUGAGAGGGCCGAGGCGCACGCUGAUGGUUCGCAGCCAGUUCAAGAGUCGCCUCACGAAGGCUCUGCGAUUUCGCUGGCGCGGCGGUGGCAGCCCUGUGACCCCCUUCGCCAGGUGUGCAGCGCCCCAAGCCCUGCAGGGCACAAGUUGAUGGACUCCCAUCGCGGCCGCAGAGAUGAAGCCUUGGUCAUGCUGCUGGUCGGGGAGCAUGCACCGUUCGAGAACACGGUUUGGCAGUGCAUCGAGUCGGCUUCCAUUGCCUUGAGUGUUCCCGUUCGGCCCAUCUUCGCGGGUGCCUACUACGGCUGCAGAGGACUUCCCAGUGCCUGUGCACCGGACUCGACGAAAGACUGGUUUCGGGCGUGGAUGCAGAGGUGGCCGAAGCAGAGCGAAUCUGCAUUGGAGGGCGUGCAGGCCGAGGCAGAUGGGCUCUUUGAGGCCAUCAAGCGACAUCCGGAUCCGCAGGCUGCCCGUCCGGAUAUUCUCUUCUGUGGGGACACCGUGCUGUUCUGUUGGCUCCUGCGCCGGCGCAGUCUGCUGGCCCGGCGGGCCGGUUUCCACGAGCUCCCUUCGCUCCAUGUCUAUGGCAUGGUCUUCCUGCAGUAUGUUCCGCCGAUGUGGAGACUUGAGAUGUUGGAGGAUUUCGCGAAUUGGUGGCUCCUUGAACGCAGCCCCGUCCGGGAGCCGGCCGGUGUCCAGAUCGAGGCAUUGGGCCUGCAACUCCAGUGGCAGAUGGGCAUCGCCCUACCUUUU